ACAUGCUUUGAAAACCGUUUAUCAGUUAAACCGGAGUAAAUGGAUAGAUCGGGUUUAACCUGUCAGUCGGAUGACCCGCUGAAGUAGUACCAGACCUCCACUUCCCGUCACGCGCGUGCCCUUUCUCUGUUUCUCAAUCGCUUUCGUUUCUGCUUCGCCAAUCCGGUAACGCACGCCGGCACGCCGCCGCAACCAAUCCUUCUUCCUACUGAAGCUAUUGCUAGGUUCUCCGUCCGGUCUUCACUGGGAAACUGGAAGUAUGCAUAAGCAUGGACUCAGAGCAAGUCUUGCUCUGCGUUCAAUCUCCACUUGUAAAUCAAAGUGGCAUCAUUACCAAUAUAAACCUCAAAUCAAGUUUUAUAGAAACCACACCACCUCAACCACAGGUCCUGGAUUUAUGGAACCUGUGGCAGGAUCGUCUAUGCAACUGCAAAUUGUCAAGGCACUCCGCUCCGGUGAUAGAAAAAAGGCUUCCCACUUACUUCGAGAUUUUGGUCGCAGAAGCCACUCAUUAUCCGUCAAUGAUUUUGUUGAUAUUUUUAAGUACUGUGCACAAUCUCCUGAUCCAAUGUUUGUUAUGGAGAUCUGGAGAUUAAUGGAGUUAAAGGACAUUAACAUUAAUAACACAAGCUCGUCUCUUAUGACACGGGCCCUUUGUAAAGGGGCUUACAUGGGAGAGGCCUUUAGUAUCAUGGAUUUUCUUGGAGAAAAUCGGCGUUUCUAUCCAGGUCUUCCACUGUACAAUAGUAUUUUAAGCUCCUGCACAAAAAUCCAGAAUUUAAUUCAAGCAAGAAAAUGUUUGGACUUGAUGGAAAAGCAAAUGAUAGGAAAGAGUGAAGUUACGUAUACCGCACUUCUGAAGCUUGCAGUUUUACAGAAAAACUUGCCUGCGGUCCAUAUAAUUUGGCGGGAGUAUAUUAAGCUUUAUAGUAUGAGUAUCAUUGCUCUGCGUAAAUUCAUCUGGUCAUUUACAAGGUUGGGAGAUCUAAAAUCUGCCAAUAGAAGACUACAACAGUUGGUGGCAUUAGCCAUGAAGGGAAACAUUUCUAUUGGUAGAACAGUUUAUGGGAAGUUGUAUUCUACUAGAUUGGACAUCCCUGUUCCUGCAAAUGACGGGCUAGGCUCAACCAUAUUGGACCUGAGGAAGAGCAAACAACAUGACUCUUGCAUACUCUCUCCUAGUUUGUUUUCACCAGACACUAUUUCUGCAAGUAAGGAGCAGAAAUUUAUUUGUAUGGAUGAUGAAAAAGCUAAGAAUACUGAAAUAAAUGGUCUGAAUGGACAAAAUCACUCACUGCUUAUGAAGGUUCUUAGGUGGUCUUUUAAUGAUAUAAUACAUGGGUGUGCAAAAGAAAAAAACUAUAUGCUUGCUUGGAAGCUUAUAUUACAGAUGCAAAAUCUUGGUUUGCAGCCAUCCAGCCAUACAUAUGACGGCAUUAUUAGAGCAGUUGUUUCUCAAAGAAGUUUUGGGGAUGCCAUGAGAAUGUUUAAAAAAAUGCAGCAGGAGAAUUUGAAGCUAUACGAUUCAACUCUAGCUACACUUUCAGUUUCUUUCAGCAGAGAACUACAGUUAGACUUAGCCGAGUCUUUGCUGAAUCAGAUUUCUGAUUGCUUGUAUCCACAUCCUUAUAAUGCUUUGCUGGCAUCAUGUGAUGCACUGAAUCAACCUGAGCGGGCUGUGCGUGUGUUUGCAAAGAUGAGGAAAAUAAAACUUUUACCUGAUAUGAGAACAUAUGAGCUUCUGUUUUCAUUAUUUGGUAUUGUUAAUGCCCCAUACGAAGACAGUAAUAUGUCGUCACAGGUGGAUGCUGCCAAAAGAAUAAAUGCUAUAGAAAGGGAUAUGGCAAAUAACGGUUUUCUGCAUAGUCAUCGUUCAUUGAAAGUUUUAUUGAAAUCCCUUGGAGAAGAGGGGAUGAUAAGAAAGCUGAUCCAAUAUUUGCAUGUGGCAGAGAAUCUUUUCAUAUAUAGUAAUCCUUCAUUGGGAACAGAUAUGUACAACAUAGUGUUGCAUUAUCUUGUUGAAGCCCAAGAAAGCCACAUGGCAAUUCAAAUUUUCAAGAAGAUGAAGUUGUGUGGCUGCCACCCUGAUUCCACUACAUACAAUAUAAUGAUUGACUGUUGUAGCGUCAUAAGAAGUUAUAGAUCUGCUUCUUUGUUGAUUUCAGCGAUGAUACGGGAAGGGUUUUGUCCAGUGGCUUGUACAUAUACUGCUCUCAUUAAGAUUUUGUUGGAAGAUGAGAAUUUUAAUGAAGCCCUGAAUGUUCUGGAAAGAAUCAAAUUGGAUGGCAUCCAAUUUGAUGUACUGCUGUUUAACACGUUUCUCCGCCAAGCAUGUUACAAGGGAAGGAUCGAUGUAAUUGAGUUUAUUGUGGAGUUUAUGCACCAAGAAAAAGUUCAGCCUGAUCCAACAACAUGUGACUAUGUCUUCUCUGCAUAUGUAAACUCAAGUUUUCACAAUACAGCAAUAGAAGCAUUGCAGGUUUUAAGUUUGCGUAUGAUGUCUGAAGAUGGCAACAUACUCAAAGAGAGGAGAAGUUUUGUGGACGAAUUCAUUCUUGAUGAGGAUUUGGCUUCUGAGUCACACAUAUUUAAAUUAUUUGACGAUUCUGAAGAUGAAGUUGCAAUAGGGUUGUUGAAUUUAAGAUGGUGUGCCAUAAUUGGGUUUCCAAUAUGCGAGUCAGCUGACCAGAGUCUAUGGGCUAAAAGACUUGAGUCGCGAUUCCUAAAGAGGCUAGCGUCUGGUUCCAGAAGAGGAGAGCAAUUGUGACUUGUGAGCCUCCGAGUCUUAUGGAGAUGCGCAGAUAAAUUGCUUGAUGGUUUUAAUGAUAACUUCUUUCUCGGGGAUUGAGCUUUUUAUAAUGUUCAAUAAGCUGGUUAUGUCAUCAAGGGUUAGGUUCCCUGAAAUGGUUGGGGGGUUUUUCACUAUAGGGAAAACCCAUUAUGCAGACAAUAUCACAGUUCUUCAUUUCUCCAGCUCUGCUCAAGAGUUAAGCAUUUACAAAAAGGAAAAUGCAUAUGGUUAAGCUACAAGUUUAACAGAAAAUGCAAUAAUCUUAUGUGUCAUGUAACACUUACAAAUAAUAACCACUAAUUAUCCCUUGUAUGGUGGUUAGAACCAGGUUGGUCAAAUGUCCUAUUUUUGUAACAACUAUAUACCUGGGACAAGUUUUGAUAAUCAUGUAAGUUAUAUUCAAGCCAUUUGCGAGUGACCAACUAGAACUAAUUCAUUGUAAAAUAAAAAUCAGAUUGAUACUGAUUAAUUCGUUAUGUGUGUUCCAAUUAAUAUAUAUUUUUUUAGUUUCA